GAUAGACGUCAUGUUCGAUCUGAAAGGGACGACGGAGGACCGCUGGGUGGAGCCCGGUCCCGGCCGAUGCCUCAAGGAUAACAACUUCGCUGGCACCACCAUCUUUCUCGAGGACGGGGUGGCGAAGACCUUCGCCGCAUCUAUCAACUCGGACACUCGAUUCCUGGAAAAGAGGAACAUCAUGGACUACUCGCUCAUGUUGGGAAUUGUCCGAGCAGAGGCGCAGGGGAUGUUGGUUGAGGGCGUCGCCCAUUGCUAUGUAUUUCUUGGUAUUGUGGACAUGCUGGUCACUUACCGGCUGCAGAAAAUCGCAGCGCAUGCGAUCUGA